GCCCAUUGAAACCGAAAAUCUCUUAACACAGGUGGAGGAUUCAGCUUCGACGUCUCAUCAGUCCAGAAUACAAAUGAAAUGUCCAGGGACGGAUGCUGCUCGUGCCCCUGUUUGGGGGCCCUGUAUGAGAGAUUUUUCAAGUCGUCUAAGACUGAAUUUGAAAAACCAGCGAAUACCGGUAAACUUCAUACACAACAUGUCUCAAAUCCGACCCUUUCAUCCGCGACUGAGCCCGCCGGUGAGAUCUACACGGCGCUGUGGCCCUUCCAGGCUCGCGCGGACGAGGAAUUGUCCUUCCAGGAGGGAGAGCAGUUCCGAAUCUGCGAGCGUCAGGGUGACUGGUGGACUGCCGUUAAACUGGAUAGAAACGGAAUGGUGACAGCCAAGGGCUUCGUUCCUCAGAAUUACCUAGCGAGGAGGGAGACAGUGAAAGAGCAACCUUGGUAUUUUGGGACGCUGAACCGCUUUGAGACCCAGAAUUUGCUCUUGGCUCCAGGGAAUGGAGUGGGUGCUUUCCUGUUGCGACACAGUGAAAAAGAUGACAUAGGGUGUGUAUUAUCAGUGGUAAUCAGUGACAGGGAAGUGAAACACAUUAAGGUCCAUCAGAAUCAGGAUGGAAGCUUCCAUUUGGAACAGAGUCAAAUGUUUCAGAGCCUGGAGAAGCUGGUGCAGCACUACAAGAGGAACAUCCUGAGCUGUGGUAUCUGUCUCACACGGCCCUGUGCACAGCCAGAACCAAAACCACAGGAUCUUUCCCACCAAACCGUAGAUGACUGGGAGUUACCUAAGGAAGAGUUCACUCUAGAAGAGGAGCUCGGUAAAGGAUACUUUGCAGAUGUUUACCGUGGAAAAUGGAAAGGCAUGGUUAAUGUGGCCAUCAAGAUCCUCAAAAACAACGAGUCUCUCAAUCACAGGGAGUUCCUGAUGGAGACUCAAAUAUUGAAAAAGCUCAGACACAGACAUCUCAUCACACUUUUUGCCGUCUGCACAAGCUCCACCCCCUACUACAUCAUCACCGAGCUUAUGGAAAAAGGCAACCUGCUCAAUUUCCUCCGAGGUGAGGAGGGGCAGAAACUGGAACCGCAGGAACUGAUAGAAAUGGCAAGUCAAGUGGCUGAUGGGAUGGCAUUCCUUGAGGAGCAGAACAGCAUCCACAGAGACCUGGCGGCCCGGAAUGUUCUAGUGGGACCCAACUACAUCUGUAAACUGGCCGACUUUGGCCUAGCUCGAAUCGUCAAGGAGCCAGUUUACUCAUCUGAAGAUAAAAAAAUACCAUAUAAGUGGUGUGCUCCUGAAGCCAUCAGCCAUGGAAGGUUCUCCAACAAAUCUGAUGUUUGGUCAUUUGGAGUCCUCCUGUAUGAGAUGUUCACUUAUGGCGGAGUCCCAUAUCCAGCUUUCUCAAAUCAAGAGGUGUACAACAUGAUCACCUCCGGGUACAGAAUGCCUUCACCCCCUAAGUGCCCAUCACACAUCUAUGAUAUAAUGCUGAUGUGUUGGAGAGAAUCAGCUGACAAAAGGCCAGAUUUCAGUGAACUUAAUAUGCUCCUGGAGAACUCUGGUACUGGAUACAUGGAGUGGAGCAAUGGAGCGCUGCAAUGACACAUCAGAUCCAGCAGAAGGCAUCAGUUAACAGUGCCAUGCAGAGAUAAAUGAGUGAGGGUGUCCCAACAACAGUUGUUCAUGCAUCGAAACACCUUUCCACUCAUUUUCACCCCUUUUUACAGUAUUUUCACUUUUGUGUACUUAUUUUCUAAUUUCAUGUGGAAUUAUUCACAUUUAAUGUAAUCAAGCUUUUCCUCAAAACUACUUGGAUAAUACUAGUUGAUACUGAAGAUUAUUUUUCUACUACGAUUUUUCCCAUCCUGAUCUGGAGACAGAUACGUUUCUGUAUGGAUCACUUGGACUUAUACAUAAAACCAGUUUUAUGUUCAUUAUUAACAAGUUUUACCCUCGUACUACAAAACAACUUGUAUUUUAAAUUAAUGGUAUAUAAUUGAAGAACCCUAACUUGAAACAUUUGAAGGGUUUAUUUUGAAAGUUAGUGUUUUUAUAGAACAAUGAAGUCAAGGAUUUCUCAUGAUUUGACCUACAGGUAUUUAAAUCAUGCUGCUGCAAAUAAGCCUUUAAAUGUGUGAGAGAAAGAGUACACAACAUCCGGAACAGAACGAGUCUGGCAAGUUCCUGUGGACACGGGUCAUUUCACAAUCUCUAGAAACUUUCUACUGCAGUUUUCAGUUGGCACAGUGCUGUCAGUUCACGAGUAGAAGCUAACUGAUUCUCCAAAUGCUUUAAAAAAGCAGGAAUAUACUAGACAUUAUACCAGACAGAAUGCGCAUUUCAUGAAAGAAAGAAAAAAAAAGAUUAAUUAUUUGAUUGAGCAACAUUCAUGGGUUAGAUAGGACUAUGUACUGUUUAUACUGAACGUACAAACACACACACACGUACUGCAGAUGCAACACACCCUGCUGAUUGUUGCUACUGCUGAAACAUUCAAACUCAGUAACAUGAGUGUUGCCACAACGUGUUCAUGUUAUGGGUGCAUGGUAAGCAGAAAUAGAAUCGAGAACACUCUGGACUUGCCUGGCCAGACUAAUGGGAAAAAUGACAGGAUGUUCAGGAAGGUGACAUAUGCAUGAUGACUGGCAUCUCUGGAGAAUUUUGUACACCUCUUGUGCUAUGCAAUCAGACACCCAAAAAUUCAGACAUCAGUGGCAGGGCUACAAAUCAGAAAGGAGAAAAAAUAUGAUAAAGCACUGUUAUAGCAUAGCCCUUGUAUACUUUCACAUGGUCUCUUUUCUUUUAAAUAGUUCAUCUGCAUUUCAGUUUUCAUCUUAGCAUUGAGUGUGUGUUGAAAUACCAUUGCAGUCCUGUUUCACAAAGCAGUAUCACAAUAGGAAGGGCUGUUUGGUUGCCUGUCACUGCCUGUACAACUUGCUUUAGGCACAAGAGACAUUUCUUCAAACAAA